AUGGAGUAUCCCCAAGAAAGCUUUGUCCCCACGAUCUUCACGCCGGGGUCCUUCUGGGCGCGCCGCCGCGAAGUCGUGCGAAGUCAGACCUUGCGACACCAGUUGAACAUGCUCAAGGACACUGGCCGUUAUGAUGCGUUCAAGCUUAAGUGGCAUCCAACUUACUCGGAGCCUCCUACCGUCUGGCCGGUUCCCAACCAUCAGUUUUGGGAUUCCGAUGCCGCAAAGUGGAUCGAGGGCGCCUGUUACUUCUUGAUGGACUCUUAUGAUGCGGAGAUAGAUGCCGCAGUGAAAGAGCUGGUGCAAAUGAUUCGAGGCGCACAGCAGCCAGAUGGAUAUCUGAAUAUCCAUUAUACUGUUGUCGAGCCAGGGAAAAGAUUUACCAACUUGCGAGAUAUGCAUGAGUUGUACAACGCAGGUCAUCUCAUCGAAGCUGCUCUGGCACAUCAUCUAUACUACAAGAAUGAUGAAUUGCUAUCUCCGAUUCUCAAAUAUGUCGAUCUCUUCGUGGCUACUUUCGGAGACCAAGAAGGCCAGCUUCCUGGAUACCCUGGUCAUCCAGAGGUUGAGCUUGCUUUACUGCGUUUGUACAAGGUUACAGGAGAUUCAAAGCAUCUAAAACUGGCACAGUUCUUUCUUGAGGAAAGAGGCAACCAAAAAGGUGGCAAGGGCGAACGCCAUUACUACGACGUCGAAGCGAAGGCGAGGGAAGAGAGCGAGCACGAAUUACCCAUGUGCUAUCCUGCCGCAAGGAGCUACUGGUAUCACCAAGCCCAUGUGCCAAUUGCCGAGCAGGAGACAAUAGAAGGACAUGCAGUUCGAGCUAUGUAUCUACUCACAGCAGUCGCUGACCUCGUGCGAAUUCACGGACCUACGAGUGAGACUGGGUCCAAGUUCUUGCCUGCCAUCAACAGACUAUGGUCGAAUAUGAUUGAGAAAAAGUCUUAUGUUACUGGCGGUAUUGGCGCCAUGAAGAAAUGGGAAGGGUUCGGAAUCGACUACUUCUUACCCCACGGCACAGAUGAAGGCGGGUGCUAUGCAGAGACAUGUGCGGCCAUUGGAGUUAUGAUGCUAGCUGAGCGCUUGCUACGAAUUGAGUUGAAUAGCCACUACGCCGAUAUCAUGGAGCUGUGCAUGUACAAUGCGGUUCUUACUGGGAUGAGCCUGAAUGGAAAAGCAUUCACAUACGUGAACCAAUUAGCCUCGUCAGAUCAAGAUCUGUCGGAGCGCUAUGAAUGGUUUGAGUGUGCUUGUUGCCCACCAAAUGUCACCCGCACUUUGGGUUUCUUAGGAGGUUACUUUUGGACUCACACUACCGGCGACCAGGGCGCAGUGGUCAAUGUGCACAUGUAUGCUUCUGCAUCUCUGAGUCUCAAGGUUGCAAAUUCAACGGUCACGGUCACUCAGAAGACUGACUGGCCUUGGAAUGGAGAUGUGGAAUUCGAAACUCACACUGAAGGGCCACCCGUUGACCUUCAGCUAUGCCUAAGGAUUCCAGGCUGGGCAACAUCAUGGGAGAUUACCCCGUCGGCAGAUCAUUUGCAGGUCGAGAAAGGCUAUCUGCUCCUGAGCGCCCGGUGGCUGCGACAAAACCCAAAGUUCCGCCUAUCCUGCCCAAUGAAGGCACAAUUCGUCCGCCCAAGUCCUUUGACCAUGCAGCCAGUUGCAUAUCUUACUCGUGGCCCCAUCGUCUAUUGUGUCGAGGAUGUCGAUCACCCAUGGGAGCAGCAGCAUUUCAAGCGAACAAUUCUUGACCUCAACGCAUCAUUGAAGGAGGAACUGCGAUCCGAGCCAGAUAAUUAUAUCGCCAUUGUCGCUCAGAAUGGUGCAAAGGGCGAACUCGAAACGUCGGCAUGGGACGGUCAGAUUGUGGCUGAACCUAGGAGCGAGAUUUCCGAAGGCUCGAAGGACUUGAAUUUCAUACCAUACUAUCUGAGAGCAAACCGGGGUGGAAAAGGCCAGAUGAGAGUUGGUUUACGUGUGCUCAAAUAGCGUCUCGCGUUGUGAGCAGGACGUGGCCAAACCCGAGGCUUUAGUGGAGGUGAUGCAAAAUAUUACGGCGGUUAUGCCAGGGAGACCAGGAUGAGGAAGGGGCUGGUGAGGGUGAGAUGGAGAGAGACUUAGAAAGAGAUUGGUGCAACAUUAAUUGUCAUAGGUACAGUAUCAAGCUGCGCGACGAUUUCAUAAAUGACUGAACUCCCUUACAUGGUUUGCGCCCUUGGCUCUUUCGGGUCCCGGCGACGGGUCUUGCUGUGGGAUCCCACAUGACCAGCCUUGAAAUAGGUAUCAGGCGCCGUGGAGGCGUACAGCAAGUUAUGGAGGAGUCAGGAGACUAAGACUGGUAUACUUUUCUUUUGCUUUCCUG